AUGUCUUUAGCUACAAGCUCAGAUGCACCGACCCAGCCGUCACACGCCGCUAGUUCCUCAGGCACGCAUGACGCUCUGCACGGGCGCAAACGGGCACGGUCGCCGCCCUAUCCGCCGUUUGUCUCCGAGUACCGCCCAUACAGCAGCGGCCAACUGCAGGCGCACCGCGUAAACCAACACACCGACUUGCACAAGCGCCAAUGGGAUAUGUACUACCGUAACAACACUGUGAAUGGGUUCAAGGAUCGGCACUACAUACUGCGGGAGUUUCACGAGCUGCGCGCGGCGAUCGACGCUGCCGUGGCGGCAGAGAAGGCAUCCGCAACAGGCGAGGCGGCGCCAAGUAUGUCCGCCCCCUCAGCCUCGCUGGCGUGUUCGUUUUCGUGGAUGGAGGCUGGCUGUGGGGUGGGGAAUGCCAUGCUUCCUGUUUUCGCCGAGUACGGCCACCUUCCUCAGUGGCGAGCGCUUCUCGGGUUCGAUAUUUCAUCCGUCGCCAUCGGGCUUUUGGAGGAGAAGCGAGCACUGCUGCCGCUGGCGCUAGCAGCAAAGGUGCACGUGUGUGUGUUGAAUCCGGUCGAGUCGGAGGUGGCCGACUGCCCCUUUUUCACGCCGACGGGAGGGGGCGCGACGGCGUCAUCGUCUUCCGCGGGCGUUGCAGAAGCAGGUGGGGCAGACGGGGACAGCACUUCGGCGGUGGGCAGGCCACCGGUCUGCGAGUUGCCGGAGUUUGUGUCCCUCGUUUUUGUUCUGUGUUCCAUCCCAGUCUCCUCACAUGCUGUCGUCCUGCGCCGCAUUGCCCGGUGCAUGGCGCGCCCUGGAGGUGUGCUGUACUUCCGCGACUACGCCGUCAGUGAUCACGCCGAGCGCCGGUUUCAGGCGGCGUCGUACCGGCGACGCGGCGACGGUGGCGAAGGCAACGACACCAGCAACACUAACACGUACGAGCGCACCAACGGGACACUCAGCCACUUCUUUUCCUUAGAGGAGGUUCGCACACUCUUCGAGGGUGCCGGCUUUGAGGUGGUCGCGCUCGACAUCAUCGCUAACGAGGUGACCAACCGCAAGACGAGUGUGUCGUUUGCGCGUCGAUUUGUGCAAGCCCGCUUCCGACUACGUAGUUGA